UGUAGUCCAUGAAGAAAGCACUGCAUGUGCUUCUUCUUCACGGCACACAGCUCACAUGGAAACACCUUCCAUUAUGGCCAUAUCCUUUCACUGCUACUAUGACACCAAAAUUUAUUUUUGAUCGAAGUUGGAUGGAUUCAACAGAAAAUAAGAUAAAAUGGACUAUCGUCCAUGUGCCUGGCACCAAUUCCCAUGCUUCUUCCCACAGCAGCUCUUGUCCUCUCUCUCUACCUUGCUCUUACCAGAUCUUGACCUCUUGAGAUGCAUUUGAGUUUGUGUGCUUGCGUUGUUUCUGUACUCGAGAAUGAGCUCCUGCUGCUGAAGCAGGCCAUAGAUUUGAGGAAAUCUUGGGGUUCUCUGACCUUGACUUGAUGAUGACUUGCUUCCGUCCGUAGAAUCUCAGAAAAGAGACGAGCUUUGUGCAAGCUCGAUGUUCCGUUUACGUGGGGAGUUGGUGGUGAAGGAAUGGGGCAGUGGAUGCGCUGUUGAUCGCAUCGGUUUCUGAGAGAAUGAGGCCUGUAGAGAGCAAGGGGACCUGUACAUUUGAUUCGGCGCAGGAGGAUAAUCCCGGCAGCAACGCUUGCAAUGGCGAUGUCGGACACAAAGCUCGUCACUAUCGGAAAGCGUUGAGCUCGCGCAGCAAGCCGGCGCCUUCGAAGUGGGAUGACGCGCAGAAGUGGCUGGUUGGGCUGUCGGGCCGCGGAGCUCACCAGCACGCCGUGAGCAAGCCGAGGAACUCGAACGCCGACGAUAGAAGGCUGCUCACUUCACUGUCCCAGCGAGGACGGGAUUCUUGUAGCAGCGCUGAUGGAGUCUUGGAGGGCGGCGUCGUUCUUGCGAUUACUGCGUGCGAUGAAGGGGAAACGAAGAAGAUGGAUUACAACGAAGCAAUGUGGAGGACGAAUAAGCCGGUGCAGGAUUCGUCCAUGGUGGUAAGAUCCGUUUGCUUGAGAGACGCAGGGACGGAGAUGACUCCAAUUGCAAGCAAAGAACCAUCGAGGACGGGCACGCCACUUGGUGCGUCGACUCCGGUGUUGAAGAGCCCGGUUUGUUCUCGAUCAUCCACCCCUGUGAGAUGCCGUCAAGGUGCUCAACAAAAUGACAGCUACAAAGAAGGGAUGAGGAGUCUCGAGAGAAGCGAGGCCGUGCCUUUCGGCGCGGCCGGCGGGAGCAAUUGGCCUUCGAGAGAAGAAUCUGGGACUGACGGGGCCAGGUCAUAUGAGACCAGUGGCUCGGCGCAAGAUCGGAACCCGAGUACGCUGGAAUCCCGAGCCACGGCAUGGGAUGAGGCAGAGCGUGCGAAGUACUUGGCAAGAUACAAGAGUGAAGAUGUGAAGAUACAAGCAUGGGAAAAUCAUGAAAAAAGAAAAGCUGAAUUGGAAAUGAGGAGGAUGGAGGUUAAGGCAGAGAGAAUCAAAUCACGAGCCCAAGAAAAAUACGCAAACAAGUCAGCUGCAGCAGGAAGGAUCGCAGAGGAGAAGCGUGCCAGUGCAGCGGCCAAGCUGAAUGAGCGUGCCGCAAGAACUUCCGAUAGAACAGACUACAUCAGGAGGACAGGGCACCUGCCAUCCUCUUUUUUCUCCUUCAAGUUGCCUUCUCUUUGUAGUUGAGGGCCAUUGCUGCAAUCUGUGAGCUGAUGUUUUUAAGUGUUGCUGCCUUUGUUCUGCUCUUGCACUACUGUGUCAGCCGAUGUUCAUCGGGGUUGUAUUUGCUCAAGGGAAAUGCAUUUUAUGUGCUCCCAUCUUCAUUUGACUUUUCUUCAAAUCAGAAUAAUUUAUAGAAUAAUCUUAGCACAAGUAGCUGCAGCAGCUGCUGCUUCUUCUCAA